AUGAAUGAUCAAGAUACGGAUCAAAGUACUACUGAAAAUGUUAAGACUAAAACAAUCUUAACUUUAUUACUCUACUGUAUCUCUGGUUCAUUAUUAACUAUAUUGAAUAAAUUAGCAAUUGUUGCAUUCCCAUUUAUCAAUUUGUUAUUAGUAUUACAAAAUGGUGUAACUGUUAUCCUUCUUCUCUUUAACUUUUACUUUUGUCCACUUACUUCAGAACGUCUCCCUCCAUUGAACUUUACUGUUUUGAAAAUUUGGACACCUGUCGUUUUAUUGUUUGUGACGAUGCUUACUUCAAGUUUAUUUGCAUUAAAAUAUGUCAGUGUACCUACUGUAAUUGUUAUUCGCAAUCUGUCAACAAUAUCAGUUGCCAUAUUGGAAUAUUUUGUUAUAGGUAAUAAAAUUGAUAGUCUAUCGAUUGGUACACUGUUUGGUAUGUUCUUUGGUGCAAUAGUUUAUGCAUUACAUGAUCUGACAUUUAGUAUUGAAGGUUAUAUAUGGUUAUGUGUGAAUAUUAUUGGUACAAGUUUAUAUCAAGUCUAUAUAAAAAAGGUUGUUCAUAUGCCAGAAAUGAAAGAUAUAGGACCGAUUAGUAUGUCAUAUUAUAAUAAUUUGAUUUCUUUAUUGAUACUUUUUCUUCUUGCCUGUAUUAUGGGUGAGUUAAAAUCUUUCUUAUUAUAUUUUCAAUCUAUUUUUCUCCCUAAAAUUAAAUCAAUUUGUAUUGUUUUUCUUUCCUGUAUACUUGGAUUUGCAUUAAGUACUAGUGCAUUUGCACUUAAUAAACUAAUAUCGCCGACGUCUAUUAUGGUUGCUAAUAAUGUUAAUAAAUUUGCUUUGAUUAUUCUCAGUGAAAUAUUUGUUCAAUCAACAUUGGAUUUAACUGCGUCUAUUGCAACAAUAUUUGUCUUAUUUUAUGGCUGGUUAUAUUCUCAAACAAAAGAAACCUUUGCAAAAUCACUUUUUAUUCUCGCGACUAUUAUUUUCUUCGUUCUAUAUACUGCUCUCAAAUUUCAACAUCCGACUAUUUUAUUAACUAACACUAAUAUCUUCUCUGAAUUGACUUCUACUAAGCAAAUUCAUACGACAUUUCUAAGUAAUUUUACCAAGACUUAUAUUGAUAAGAAAAACAAACGUGUAGCUUGA